GUCAUUCAACUGUGACCACGGCGGGGAACUGGUUCGCAGGGAACACGUAAUGUCACCUGGAAGAUCGCUGUUCUUAUUAUGUCUGAUUUUUCCAACAAGAUACUCCAGUUGUACGUUGUAUAUCUAUUAGUUUCAUCUGUGAUUGUGGAUCAGACACACUGAGAAGAGCUGUUAUGAGAAAGAAUGGCAGAGAACAGGUAUAUCUUUCAAAUAUCCGGCAUCAAGAAGCCAGAGUUAAAAAAAUGUUUAACCAAAGGAAUCCGUAAACUCGGUGGAAGGUACAUAGGCGGCUCUGUCUAUCAACAUUCCAGCACCCAUUUCAUAGUCCCACAGGUUUUGCCCAGUGAAAAGUUUCUUGCUGCAUGUGCUGCAGGAAAGUGGGUUGUUACUCCAAAUUAUGUUUUGGAUAGUGUAAAAAAUGGGUCUUGGCUUCCUGAAGAAUCGUAUGAGGUAGCUAUAUCUACAAGUACAACAUCUACCUUCUACCCUGUCAGGCAGUGGCGGGAGAGGGUUGCCAGUGGAAAGCUGAAGGGGGCGUUUCAGGGAUGGCGAGUUCUUCUGAUGGUACAGAAGCCAGCCCGCAGAGCUAUGUUUAAUCGACUUUUGAAGGCAGGACGGGCAAAGGUUUUCCACUACAGUCCCCCCUCAUAUGUCUCCAUUACUCAUGUCAUGGCCAAACCCAUUACAGAAGCUACAAAAUCCCUUGAUGCCCCAUGUUACCCUGUUAGUCAUAUUGUUCAGCACCUUUUUGGAAAGAGGUAUUUGGAUAUGAAUUUCAACCUAUCAGAAGAUGAGACUGAAAAUGAAAGUAGUUUUGUUACUACAUUUCCAAAGCUUGAAAAAGAACUUAAAGACCACAUGGUCCAACAAAAUCGCCAUCCACGACUGCGCUAUUGUGAAUUCCAGGGUUACAAUGACCCACACCGCCCACAGUCCGAGGCCACAGAAGCAGACUUUAGCCAAAUUGCUACUAUGAUAGAGUGUGGUCUAUUCACUGAAGCCCUGGACUCGAUCAAAAGUUCCUUGUUCCCAGGUCUGCUCCCACCAGCACAGUACCUAGUUUCACUGCUUGAAUAUGCACAACAGGGCAAUGCUACAUCUCUCUUCUUAAGAAUCUUCAUGCAGUUCUUGCAUAGGUUGCUGGUUACAAAUCCUCCAUGGAAUGCUCCAAAAUCAGUGAAGACAUAUUUCUCCAAGAUUUUUCAAUGUCCUUGCUGUCAAUCGGGACUGUGGCCUUUUUUAGAGUCUACCAUUUGUUAUUGCCUGUUGAGAGAUUCCACGUGUCAUCCACUCCCAGGACCUGCUCUGCCAACACUGUUACAUUUUCACAGUGACCUUCUGGCAUUUAUUCUCCAGCUAUUCAAAGGAGAGCUCCAGGCUAUCACCACUGGAGUUUACCUUCAGCAACAUGUAUGCGAAAACCUGCAGGAUUCAGUCAGAGGGUCUUUGACAUUGAGUACCUUUUGGACAGUCUGGGAGCGUUCGACUCUGUUGUCAGUAGCUCUUAAACAACUGACCCAGCUGUUGGUCGAGGCUACAUCAGAGGAUGACUCAAAGAAGAUUCAAACGCAAACUGAAAAGCAGGAACUAGUACACGUGACUGGCAUUCUUGUGGAUCUUUUGUCUGUAGUGGUGGAGUUUUGGUGUCAACACAACUUUAAACUGAACCAGGCUCUAGUGGAAAAAGGCCUGAAAGAUUAUGCAGAACACUUUGCAGUUAUCAGCUACAGGUUGCCGCCAAGUCUUUUGGCAGAGCUGGUUGCCAAAGUUCCCUCCAGCAGACUGAAAAUGGUCUUGGCUGAUGCAGUUUUCCGGACUCUUUGCUGCAAAAAUGGAUUCACUGUUGGAGAUGACCCUCUCUGUUUCAAGAAAAUAAUGAUGUAUCUACAAGGUCUGAAUGUUUUAAGUCAGUCUCAGUCACCCAGUAAUCCUGAGGCUGGGCUCAUUAUUCCAAGGUACAACAUGACUAUCACGGACUGUGGACUUGAAAGAACAUCAGAUGGAGUCAGUGACAGUGGUACGGAAAAAGGCAACAUUCUGAAAGGCCUCAAACGUGUGAAUGCAGCAGGAGAGACACUCCUCCACAGAGCCUGCAAGAGGAACCAAGUGGAAACGGUACUUCAGAUCCUGGCGCUGCCCAACACAGAUGUAAAUGUUAAAGACCAUGCAGGGUGGACCCCGCUGCAUGAGGCCUGUAACCACGGCAGCACUGCAUGUGUACAGGCUCUGUUACGUCAUCGUCCCACUCCGAUUGUCAACAGCCAAGUGGGUGGAGUCAGCCCUCUGUAUGACGCCCUGCUCAAUGACCACAUGGACAUAGCCAAACUUCUACUGGAGCAUGAAGGUUCGGUCAUCCUGCAGCAGAAGAAUAACGAAGGCAUGACACCUCUGGACCUGGUGUCAGACCCGGCUCAGAGGGAGGAGCUUUUGGCCAGCGCUCUGACCGGAGACAGCGCCCGGAUGAAGAAACCCACUGAAGUACUGAACCUACCUCUGCUGGAGGCCGGCUCCUGUCUGCUGCUCCACCUGCUGACCUCCUACCAGCAGGAGAAGGGGCUGUCCAUGUUUAGUGAGGCUGGAGCUCACAGUCUGGGCCAGAGUCUGCUCAGAGCCUUAAAGACGCACUCGUUUGAGACAGUGACCGCUGCGUGGACGGACCAGCAGGCUGUGAGGCUUCUGGAGGACGCCAUAACACUAAUGGAAGUGGGUAGAGGCAAUUAUGACGGACAGGUGUCUCAGCCAAUCAGAGAGUGUAAAGGAGAAAAUGUGCAGUUCUUGGUGGAGAGACUGGGUGAGCUCAAGUUAAAAGGAAAAGAGCUAACACACUAUUUUAAGAAAUCGUGAAGCACUAAAGAGAAAAACUGAGUUAUUUCAGUUGUCCAGCUGAGGCACUUUAGUUUACUAAAGAUUGACAGAUGUAAUUAAUAUGUUUCUGUUUAUUAUAUAUUUCUACCUCGGUUUUUUUUACAUUUGUAGCUAAAUAAAAGUUUUUAAACCGCUGUAAUGCUC